GCAGUGUAUUUGAGCUUUUGGGCUACGGUCACAUUGCUGAAAAUUCCAUUAAAACGAAAAAAAAAGUAGCGAAAGAGAGAAAUUACGACGUCUGCAGGCCCGUAGCGAAAAAAAAACCAGCAAAUACUGAGACAGAGUGACUAUGAUUGUUGUUAAGUGAAAGCAGCAUUUUGGUAAACGGCUAGGCCAGCGGCAGAGGGUAGGGAAAGCAGUGGAGUUAGCGUUCAAAAAUCAAAGCCAGCGGAAAGGAAAGCGAAUCAAAGCUGGAAGGCGAUAAAGCGGCUCACCAGGCACUCCAACAACAACAACACAGCAGCAGCAGCCAGGGAAAGUGCAAGUGUGUGCGUUCGUGUGAGUGAGCGAGUGAGUAAGUGUGUGGGCAGUGGAAACUGAACUGAGCCGAGAGAGAGCGACCGAGCGAAAGGGAGAGCAAGUGAAGAACCAUAGUGGAAGUGGGAGCGGGAGAGGAGCACUCCGAUUCCGAAUCCCGUAAUAGAAACCCAGAAACAGAAGCCCAGAACAUGUCUUCGAAUAACCAGAGCAGCAGCACCGUUGGCCAGGCGGCAACAAGUGCCCGUACCGCCAGUUCCAGCGCCGCAGCAGAUGCCACAGAUGCCAAUAGUACCGCCUCAAACAACAAUAAUAAUAACAAUAGCAGCAGUACCGCUGCAGCGGGCAAUAACAGCGACAACAGCGGCAGUCCCACCACUGGAACGGGCACUGGAAAGCUGCACGGUGGCCACACGGCGGUAAACACCAAGGAACGGGUGGUGGAUAGCGUUCCCUUCCCGCCCAGCCACAAGCUGACCUUGGCUGAGGUGUUCGACCAGCGAACCGGUAAGCCAAACCAUGAGCUGCUUAAGCAGCAUUUCAUUCUGGAGGGCCGGAUCGAGGAGGCGCCCGCUUUGAAAAUCAUCCAGGACGGUGCCGCACUGUUAAGGCAGGAGAAGACAAUGAUCGAUAUCGAGGCGCCGGUAACGGUAUGCGGUGAUAUCCAUGGGCAGUUUUAUGACUUGAUGAAGCUGUUUGAAGUGGGCGGAUCGCCAGCCAGCACCAAGUAUCUGUUCCUCGGCGACUACGUCGAUCGGGGCUACUUCAGCAUCGAGUGUGUCCUGUAUUUGUGGUCACUGAAGAUCACCUAUCCGCAGACGCUGUUCCUGCUGCGCGGCAACCACGAGUGCCGGCAUCUGACCGAGUACUUCACCUUCAAGCAGGAGUGCAAGAUCAAGUACUCGGAACGUGUCUACGACGCCUGCAUGGACGCAUUUGACUGCCUGCCGCUGGCGGCACUCAUGAACCAGCAGUUCCUCUGCGUGCACGGCGGACUGUCGCCCGAAAUACAUGAACUGGAGGACAUCCGGAAGCUCGAUCGCUUCAAAGAGCCACCAGCCUUUGGCCCUAUGUGUGACCUUCUGUGGUCCGAUCCCUUGGAGGACUUUGGCAAUGAGAAGAACUCCGACUUCUAUACGCACAACUCCGUGCGCGGCUGCUCGUACUUCUACAGCUAUGCCGCCUGCUGCGACUUCCUGCAGAGCAACAACCUGCUUUCGAUCAUCCGGGCGCACGAGGCGCAGGACGCCGGCUACCGUAUGUACCGCAAGAGCCAGACUACCGGUUUCCCAUCGCUGAUCACCAUCUUCUCGGCGCCCAACUAUCUUGACGUGUACAACAACAAGGCAGCGGUGCUGAAAUACGAGAACAACGUGAUGAACAUCCGGCAGUUCAACUGCUCGCCGCAUCCGUACUGGCUGCCAAACUUCAUGGACGUGUUCACCUGGUCGCUGCCCUUCGUUGGCGAGAAGGUCACCGAGAUGCUGGUCAACGUGCUGAACAUCUGCUCCGAUGAUGAGCUCAUGACCGAGGAAAGCGAGGAGCCACUCUCGGACGACGAGGCGGCGUUGCGCAAGGAGGUGAUCCGCAAUAAGAUCCGUGCCAUCGGCAAGAUGGCGCGUGUCUUCUCUGUGCUGCGCGAGGAGUCCGAGUCGGUGCUGCAGCUGAAGGGCCUGACGCCCACGGGCGCCCUGCCCCUCGGCGCCCUAUCCGGCGGCAAGCAGUCGCUCAAGAAUGCCAUGCAGGGCUUCUCGCCCAACCACAAGAUUACCUCGUUUGCGGAGGCCAAGGGCCUGGAUGCUGUCAACGAACGGAUGCCGCCGCGACGGGACCAGCCGCCAACGCCCAGCGAGGAUCCACAUCAUCAGUCGGGGCAGCAUAGUCAACAAGGCAACAAUGGGGCAGGGCAUGGGUAAGCUGGUGCCAUUUUAUGCGGCUGCAGAAAACGCAGGAUGCAGAUGCGGCGCGGAGGCGUCUGGCGAGUAGAUGGUCUGUAGGAAGGGGCUGAGUGGAGAGGAGCGGAGGCAACACAAAGAACACCAACCGAACGGAACCUUAAUUAAGCUUAAUGUGGCAGAGCAACAACUUAAAUACUAAAACUAAUUCUAAUUCUAAGUAAUUGUCAUAACCCCCCAUGCAUUUCGUAAGUGAUCCCGCGACAGCUCCAUGCCCUAGAUCCUAUGCCCAUGGCCCAGAGAGCCUCCAAACCGAUUGGCAUGUAGCAGAGAUUUGUUUUUACGCAGGCGCGCGCACAUUGGAUAUUAGAAUUAUAUGUGGCAUACUUUGGCGCGCCGGCAACCAGAAAAAUUCCCCUUUUUCUCAAUAGCAGAAAAAACAACCCAACCCCAUAACCUAGAUUAAGUUGUAAUGUAUAAAACUGAAAUGGUCAAAUUUUAAAAAUGAAAAAUGAACAAAAAACCUAAAGCAAACCCCAUACCCGCAAAAAAAAAAAAAAAAAAAAAGAAAAGAAAAGAGAAAACAUAUAAAAUGUUAAAAGAAGCAUGAAGCACUAACCUAAAUGAAGAUAUGGGAAAAAAAAUCCAGCGCUAAUCUGUUUCAAACAUUUAGCAGCGCCAAAAAGAAGCGUACAUAUAUGUAUACAUAUGAUUAUAUAGAAAGAUCGAAGCACACACAAACACACACGCAUAUAUAGAACCGAAAGUGUAAUGAAAUUCAAAAUGAACAAAGGUCAUUUUUGUAAUAGUCGUAAUCCUUGAACUUUAGAAAUGUAAUCUUGCAUAGAAACAAAAAACAAUUUCAAAAACCAUUUGCAAUAUGUGCCGCAAUAGUCCAUAAAUGUUCCUUAUACGAAUUAAAUAUUGAAAGUGAAAACAGAGUUUAUUUUUUUUUUAAAUAUAUAUAUAUAUAUAUAUAUAUAUAUGUAUAAUUGUUGCAUAAUCUAACUUUCGACUUAAUAUGUUAAAUUUUUACGUGUACGACUGUGUGUGUAUAACUACUUGCGUUUUAUCAGUUGUUUUGGCUAAUUAAAAACGGCAAGCAAAAAAAAAAACAAACAUAAAACAUAAUCGCUGUUUUGAGGAUCAAGUCUAGCUAAUUAAUCAAUCGAUUUAAUUACAGUAAAUGCAUUUUUAACAAACACUCAAACACACACAGAGAUAGACACAGAGAAACGGAUCGUUUACCAUUUAAAUAGCAAAUCAAAUAUUUAACUAAUAAAUUACUAUGUAAACAUAAUAACAUAUAAUAUAUUCCUGCGUGUAAAUUGAACUAAAAGAUUAAUUCAUUUAGCAAAACGAUUUUUGUUGAAAGCUAAUACAUAAGCCAAUACACACACAACUAAUUCAAUUUUUAAAAAGCUAAUUGGAAAAUGAUUAAGCUAAACAAAACAAAACAAAAAUAAAUAUGAGAUGUAUUUAAGUAAGUAUAAGGCAUGGAACACGUGAGAAACGGAUGAGUUUCGGCGUUUCAGAUCAAUUCAAUGAUAAUGAUGGCAAUCAAUUUCUCAAUUUCCGCUAACAACCUGUUCCCAAAACUGAUGGUAUCAGCUUCUCCAGUAUCAGUAUCAAUAUCAAAUCAAAACCUAAAUAUACAUAUAUAUAUAUAUAUUUAUUCACACACGCAAGAAAUGCCUUCAUCCACAGAUCACAUUUAAAUCCAACUUCCCAAAAAAAAAAAAAAAAAAAAGAAAGAAUAUUUAUGCUGUACUUUGCUUCGACUCUUCAACCACCAAUAACUGCAUUAAACUCUAAUCUAAAAUAUUUAUACAGAUAUAUAUUAUAUAACGAGUUGAAAUUGGAAAACAAUUAGUUUUUAGUGAUCUAUGCACGUAUCGUAACAAUACCAAGAUUAAUUAAAUCGUAGCUAAAAGAAACAAAUCAAGGAUGAGCCACAGUCUAGGAGGGAAACUUUAGCUUUUAUAAAAAACAAAAACAAAAGAAAAACGGAAAACGGAAAACAACGUACUUAACUAAUUGAGAAAUAUAAACACAUAUAUAUAUACCGUUUUUUUUUUCAAAUCCGCAACCAUAACUAUAUAAUUAUUGAAAAGGUUAAGAUAUGAGCGAGGUUUAAGUUUCAAUGUUUCUGUUUUCUAUAUGGUUAAAUUGUUGAUGCUGUUAUGCUGCAAAUGAAUAUUUAGUUAGUGCCGAGUGAAAUGGGGAAUCUCCUCAAAUCAAAUUUAAUUACAAUAGUCAAAAGUAUGAAACAGAGGAGAACACCAAUACCAAAAAAAAAAAACAAAGUAAUGAUUGUAUACACUCAGAAAACCAAUCGGCAUAAAUCUUAGAAAAUCGCCGGAUUUUUGGUGUCAAGGUGCCAUUUAUAUUUGUGGAAAAUAUUUUUAACAACUACGGUAUUUUUCUUCUUAAAGAAUUCAUUUAAAAAAAAAAAUAUAUUGUUAGUCUAGAAGCAAAUGUUAAAAAUUGGUAAUAUUUCUGGAAUAAUUUUGAAAUUUUGCAUACGUUUAGUAUAUAAAUCAUAUUAAAACUAUCAAAAUAUUCAUAUAUCAGUAAUUCAAAUUUAAAUAUUUUAUUUAUUUAAUUAUAAUUUCUUAAAGAAAAACAUAACAAAAUUUUCCAAAAAUAACUAAACAGUUUAGGCCAUUAAACAUAGGGCAAUUGUCAGAUGUUUGUCUGAAAUAAAUUAAUUGUAAAUUUUCAAUUUUUAAGGCGAUUUGUAUUCCGAGUGUAUCAAAUGCCAUGGUAAAGUAUUAUGCUAAGGAGUAAUUCUACAUUAUUUAUAACUAACAAUAUAUUUGCUUAGCUCCCUUGAGUAAUGAAAGUAACUACUGCAUGAGGCAUAGAACAAACUUCCCGGCACAUAGUAAAACUAAAUAAAUUAAUAGGCCGUCAAAGGGAGAUGAGUAGAUUUUGAUAAUACAUCAAGACCAUACCGACAUACUUAUGGAACUAUUAAAAGACGCAUUAAAAACGUUCAAGAUAACGCAUAAUAAUAAUAACAAUAAUAAUACCCAGACAAAAGCAGAAUCAAAAAGAAAAUGCGGGAACGAUACGGCUGCAUGGUAUAUAUACAUACAUAUAUAAGACAUUUCGCCUCUUAAAGCAAUUAUAAAGAUAACAAAUGAGUAACGUUUAUUAUAUUAUUAAAUUAUACAUACAUAUACAUACUAUAUAAACGGAAUAAAAUAAAUCAGCAGCAAA